CUUCCCUUUGCAUCCCGACAUUUUGCUAACCCCUCCAUCUGUAACCCUAAACCCUUAAAACCCAAAUUUCAUUCGACGCUUUCAAAUUAAAAUUUGGAUCUUUAUGUAAAUAAAUAUUGCAAAUUUUCGCUUUGGAGGUGAGCGUAAAACAAAAUAGAAAAUUCAAAAAUGGCGUCGAGUUUGCACCAAUGGGAGUCAGACCCUCUGUUUGCAGCAGCCGAAGUUGUCCAAGAUUCUGCUGACAGGAUGGAAUCCGUUUUCCGCCUUCUGCUGCAUGAGCUCAGUCUUAUUCAAGGUGACUGUCCAGACCUAAAGUUACUUGUGUCGAUAGAUUGUCAUAAACGUGAUCUCGCAACAACACUUGAAACAGCAAAGUGGCAGUUGGAAGAUUUUGAAAGAGCAGUCAGCUUUUCAGCUACGGCAGGCAAGCCCCAACUACAGGAGGAUGUACUUUCAAGGCACAAUCAGUUUAUCAGAGCCAUUAGAGAACAAAUACUUUAUGUGGAGAAGAACUUGGAGGGAACAUCAAUUGGAGAUCCCACGAGAAAUACAGAGUGUGUCAACUUGAAUGAACAAGAUAGAGAUGGGUUGGCAUUGUUUCUUUCUGGGGGAAAUGACACAGACCACUCUGGUUGUUAUGAUGUGGAGGACAACAGUAUCUUGGAAAGAUUUCUUGAUCCAAUUACAUCUAGUGCUAAAGACAGUACUUCUGGGAUUGUUGAGAACAAAAGCCGAGGAAUUGAGAACUUGAAUAUGAAUGGAGUAGUGCCUUUGGACCGUGCUAUUGACUCGAGGAAGGAGAACAACUUGACGAAAGUUGGUUCUUAUAACAGAUUUGGUGAAGGUACAAGGUUGAGUUCUGAAUUAACAGAUUAUUUUCCAGAGACAUCUGGUGACAGAUAUGGAGGUGAUGGGAGUCGGGAUUUGGAGGCUAAUGAAGCCAAACCUGAAAGCUUCUUUUGUGAGAACAAGUUGAGAAGGUUCUGCAGCAUAACAAACGUUCUAGGGUUCUUGAAUAACAUAAGGACUGUUUGUGGGAGUAGGGUCACUAGGAAUUAUACAAAGAGAUUUAAAGAUGGAGAAGAACAAAGUCAUUCCCCAUCAUGUGCUGCUGAUGUUUCUCAUGCUGCACAGGGGCAGCGUCAGGGAACACGGUUAGCAUUUGGAUAUAGAAAUUUUGGAGAAUUAUGUGUUGGGGUUCGGUCAAAAGUUAUGUACUUACAGUCCUGGCUUGGUGUAUUUAGGGCAAGAUAUCAAAGAUCACCUUAUGACAUCCAAGUUCAGUGGCAUUCUGUUCAAUUGGUAUUGAUAGUGGUGCUUACACUCAUUAUUCUAGGUAUACUGGUGUCCUGGCUUGCUUAGGGACAUUCAUUCUUUUGGGUACAUCUUACAAUCUGUGUGUGCAAGGGUUUUCUCAAGACUUUUUAACCGUGGGAAUGACCUGCUUUGUCAUUAUCUGACCCGAUUGUUAUGGUUGGGUGCAAACACCUCUGGGCAUCGGGUCAUUAUUUGAGUGUGAAUAUCUUUGACAUUAAGAUGUAUUGUCUCUCUGAUUGACGAUACUGCUAGUAGUGGAUAUGACUGUUAUGUCAAGAAUACUUUGGCCCUUGUUUAUAUUCUUCUAGCAGUUUGUAAAUCUGUCUUUUACUCUGAGUGAUGAUUUUGUUUUUUGGUCUGCAACUCCGAGUAGCUAGUACUGGUGCAAUACAGAUUUGGGACCCUUUGAACUGGCUCUGUUGAUUGAAAAA